UGUGGAAAAAAUUCUUCGAGAAUGCGAAUAGAAUUCCUAAUAUUCUGGAUCAUUGCACUCAUCUUUUUGACAGCAGAAGCCACGGACUAUUCGCAUUUCCGGAGACGCAGCAAGCGGCUCAUGCCGUAUGAUGCUGGCGGAACGGAUAGCUCGAGAGGCGGCGGGGAUGGUUGCGAUGGCGACAGCCAGCAGAGGGACAACCAGCCAUGGGCGGAGCAGCAGCAGGCACCAAAGCCCCGCAAGCAGCUAAAAACCAACGCCAAGCAGCGGUCCUCGAGCAUAGCCGUGCAAGCAGCCAACGAGGCGAAGAAGGCCAACGACGACAUGGCCUCAGCCGUGAAGCUGUCCUCGAACAAGAUCAAGCAGGAGUACGCGGACAAGGCGAUGUCUGCAGCGAAGGCUGCAGAGGCAGUCUUGGCUGGCAAAAUCCAGCUCGUGGAGCAGCUCGAGGCGGAGGUGCGCGAGGCCGAACUUUUGGUACAGGAAGAGUCCCAGGCGCUGAUCACGGCGGAGGCCAACACCCAGCUGGCGAUGAAGCAGUACCAGCAGGCGCAGACCGAGCUGAAGAUGCUGGUGGCCACGCUCAAGGUGGCCAGGGAGAGCAAGGAGAGCGCCGACCAGAUGAACACGGUCUGGCAGCAGUCGCUGUCCGAGAAGACCGCCCUCCUGGACGCCGCCCACAACCGGGUGGGUGUCCUGCUCCGCCAACUGAGGGAUGCCCGCGCCGACUAUGGGGAGACCAAGAAGGAGGCCCACAAGGCCAUCUGUGCCGCCAAGGAGGCCAAGCAGCGCAUCGAACAGUCGGAAAGCGGCAGUUGACGCCGACGCGCCUGGAGGUGGGAGGACAAUCACGGUUGACACUCGUUUCUUCUUCUAACUUAUAUUUUCUAUUGAGAUUAAAGAACGUUCACGUUUUUUUGUUGUUGAAUUGUAAUCUGUAGUUUAUUAAACUUUUUUCUUUAGGGAAUAAAAAUAUAAAAUUCCUCGACAGCGUGCAAAAAGUGCGCGCGCGUCUUGAAUGGCUGCCAAAAAAAUGCUAUGGAACUUUUGCCUGUCCGACUGACUCCUUUUGAUCCAAUCCGAUCGAUCCAAUCGUCCGUCCAGUCCAUCCAUCCAUCCAUCCAUCCGUCCAUCCGCAACAAGCUUAAACAUACAUACAAUUUAUAUGCGCGACAAAUACCAGAGCGGACUAAAACUAUUAGAAUAUAGGGGAGGCUCCUCCCUCCAGGACUACAAUUUAAAAUAAUUUUAAUCGAACAAGCCACAAAUAAAACGGUACGGUACGGAUAAACAAUUUACACGGAUUCGGAUUUUACAUAUACAAAAAAUAUUAGCAUAAACAUACAUAUAAUGAAUAAAUAUACAAAUUAAAAUUACAAUUACAAAUGUUUGUGUCUGUCUGUAUAAUUUCAAGGGGGUGAUGCUUGGUUUCUAUAUACUACAUA